CUUGGACUCAACUUUCAAAUGUCAAACACUGUCCGUCAAAAUUCCCCUUCAAAAAGAAGAAAAAUAUUUUAGGAAAAGGUUUUUUCAUUUCAGAAAUAUUCAAUUAUGAAUAAAUUAAAAUCAACACAAAAAGACAAAGUGCGUAAGUUUAUAUCGCUAACACAAACGGGAGAACAAACCGCAAUCUAUUGCCUAACAAACAAUGACUGGAAACUGGAUCAGGCCAGUGACAACUAUUUCCAAAAUCCAGAACUCUAUUACCGCGAGCUAGAUCGGAAACGCAUUGAGGCACUAUUCAAUCGCUACCGGGAUCCAUGUGAUCCCCAGAAAAUCACAUCCGAAGGAGUUAUUCGAUUUCUAGAAGAUCUCGAACUGAGUGCAGACUCGAAACUGGUUCUGAUUAUUGCAUGGAAGUUUCGUGCAGAGGCUCAAUGUGAAUUCAGCCACGUCGAGUUCUGCAAUGGGAUGACCGAUUUAGGUGUGGACAGUGUAGAUAAGUUGAAAUCCAAAUUGCCACUGCUCGAGCAGGAGCUGAAUGAUGCGGGAAAAUUUAAGGAUUUCUAUCAGUUUACGUUUAACUAUGCGAAGGAUCCGGGACAGAAGGGAAUCGAUUUGGAUAUGGCCAUUGCGUAUUGGCGAAUUGUGCUGCAAGGAAGAUUUGAGUUCUUAGACAUUUGGUGCAAAUUUUUAACGGAAAAACACAAACGAUCAAUACCGAAGGACACAUGGAAUCUGCUGCUAGAUUUUGCCACUCAUAUUGACGAUAAUAUGACAAAUUACGAUUCAGAAGGUGCAUGGCCUGUACUUAUUGAUGACUUUGUCGAAUGGUGUAAUGAAAACAAUUUUCUCACGCAACCACAAAGUCAACAACAGAAAAACAUAUCUAGCAGCUUUCAAACAUCGCAUAGUACAAAUAUGAAUUAUGGCUAGCGAAGAUAAAUAAAAUUAACUCAUGUUGAUUUUAAUUAUUAUUAUUAUUAUUAUACAAACAAAACAAAAAAAAAGAAUAUUAUUAUUAUUAUUAUAAUUAUAUUUAAAGAAGAGAAAAAAGGAGAAGUUAUUAAGUACUACUACUAUUAUUAUACUAGAAAUUCUUGUUUGUUUUUUUGUUUUUUUUCUUUCGGGUUUCGCAUUCAAGUUUAUUAUUAUCAUUAUUUUUGUACUUCUUCAUAGUCUACCCUUUGGUGGUUUAAAGAAUUGAAAUAAUUUUCUAAUUUUAUUCCCAUAAACUACACACAACUACAACAAACUUGUUCUCUUUCCUUCUGCUAAGUCUCUUGCUACGCAUUGCAAUAGUUUAACAAAAACCAUAGAUCAUUUUUACCAAUUUGUAAAACUACAACAAUAAUAUUAUAUUAUUUUAUUUUUUUUUAAUUAGAAAAGAAAGUGUAGGAAACCCAAACAUUAAAAAAUAGUUAUAAAUAAAAUUGUAAUAAAAAGAUGUUUUUUUUUUCUUUUUAUAAUAAAUUUAAAUAAAAUUUAAUAAAUAAAUCCAAAAUGAAAUAAGCAAGAAGAUAGUA